AAUAAUUGACAAGUUAAGUCAAAAAUUUUACUUGAGUUUAAUCAUUUUUCUCUUACACAUUUUAAUUAAAAUAAUUAUUUAUAAGCUUAGUUUAGUAAAAUAAUUUUUUUUUUUUAUUCAGUGUUUCAUUAAGAAUACAUACGUUGUUAUAAAACGUAAUUAAACGCGUAGUGAGGUUAACUUUGCAAACAUCAGCUGAUAGCUCUAACGUGCAUUGACAAGCUUUAUUAUAAAUAACAAUAUCUGUCAACAAUUGACACUCACGUGAAUAUUGAGUAAAUAUUAUUAAUUUUCAAGGUAAUUAAAUGAAUAAAAAUGACUGCUCCAAAUAGUUCUAUGGAUGAGUUAUCAAAGUCUCCAGAGUCGGAUGAAAAUAAUUCCAUAACCCAGGUACUUGAUGUUCAGGACAAUGAGUCAAAAUCAAAUGAAGAAACUUCUUCAGAUAAACCAAUAGUUGAAGUUUCUGAGGUAAAAAAUAAUAUUGAUAAUAAUGAUGAGGAUGAUGAAGAGAAUGAAGACGAAGGUGGUGAUGAUAAUGAUAAGACUGAAAAGUUGGAAGACAAAAAUAAACAAGUGGCCGAAAAACAAUCAGCUUCCAACGAUGUUUCAUCAGAUUAUUCAAAGCAUUUAACAUAUGAGGGUGAUUUAUGUAUUUAUACUGAGCCCGAAACUGGUAACAAGUUGGUUUGGAAUUCCCAAGAAAAUAAGUGGAUCCCUAAAGAUAAAGAUAAAACAGAAGAUGAAAAUAAUGCUGAAAUUAUGAAAAAUUAUGAAUAUGAUGGAAAUAAUUAUAUUUAUACUGAUAAAACAACAAAUAUAGCUUAUAAAUUUGACCAAGAUAAAAAUGAAUGGGUUGUCAAAAAUGAUGCAAAAAAAGGUGAGAGUAAUUCUGGAGAAGAUGCUAAAGGAGCUGAUGAUCAAGCAUCAGCAACUUCCUUGAGUAGUAAUGGCGCUAAAAUUCAAACGGAUAAUGAUAUUGAAUAUUUUUGGGAUUCAGAAAAAAACGCUUGGUUUCCGAAAGUAGAUGACGAUUUUAUGGCAAUAUAUCAAAUGAAUUAUGGUUUCAUAGACCCAAAUACCACUAAAGGUGCUCCCACAAGAACAGUAACUAGGUCACCACCGCCAAAAGUUGAAACAAAAGCUGAAAAAGAACUAAAGAAACAGGAACUCAAAAGAAAAGCUGCUGAGCCACCAACGUGGUUUGAAAUUGACGAUGCUCACAAUACAUCUGUUUACAUUUCUGGAUUGCCAUUAGACAUUUCGAUGGAUGAACUUGUUGAGUUAGUUGAAAAGUACGGCGUGAUUGCUCGUGAUGACAAAAAUAAAAAUAAAAUAAAAUUAUAUCUUGAUCCUGAAGGAAAUCCAAAGGGUGAUGCUGUCUGUACAUACAUAAAAAUCGAAUCUGUAGAUCUUGCGCUAAAGUUCCUUGAUGGUACUCGAAUUCGGGGUAAAACAUUAUCGGCUCAGCGUGCUAAAUUUCAAUUAAAAGGCACAUAUGAUCCAACUCUUAAACCGAAGCGUAAGAAAAAAGACAAAGAUCGGCAAAAGAAAAAAAUGGAAAAAAUUUUGGGUUGGACACCGGAACCUCUACCUAACCAGCCGCUUAAGUGUCAUCGAGUUGUGGUAUUGAAAAAUUUAUUCACACCAAAAGACUUUGAAAAAGAUAUUACUCUUAGUCUUGAAUAUAAACAAGAUAUUCAAUCUGAGUGUGCCAAGUGCGGUGAUGUCACAAAAGUUGAUGUUCACGAGUUACAUCCUGAAGGAGUCGCUGUGGUUAAGUUUCGUCAGCCAGAAGAAGCUGAUAAAUGUGUUGAGUUAAUGAAUGGCCGUUGGUUUAAUCAAAGGAAAAUCAUUGCUGAAAUAUGGGAUGGAAAAACAAAGUACAAAAUUAAGGAAACAGAAGCUGAAAUUGAAGAACGAUUAAAUAAAUAUGGCGACGAGUUAGAAAAUUCUUAAUCAUGUUUAAAUAAUUGAAUGAUACACUGUAUAAUUAUUUUUAUUAUAAUAGUACAUCUCAAUUUUUGUAUUUAUUUUUUUUUAAUGAAUAAAUUAAAAUUGCUGAAAAUGGAUAGUUAAUCACUCUAAAUUAUAGUCAUGAAAUUAUUUUUUUUACAUUUUGUUCAGC